AUGGCCGACACAGAGACAGGCGGCGCUUCCGUGUCGGAACCGUUGGAUCUUGUCCGGCUCUCGCUGGACGAGAUUGUCUUUGUCAAAUUGCGCGGUGAUAGGGAACUAAAAGGGCGGCUUCAUGCCUACGAUAGCCACUGCAACCUGGUGCUCGGCGACGUCGAGGAAACAAUUUAUGUGGUCGAGGAGGACGAGAACGAAGAAGAGACCGUCAAGACUCUAAGAAAACAAGAAGAAAUGCUGUUCGUCAGAGGUGACUCCGUUGUUCUCAUCUCACCGCAGACGUCAUGA